UGUACCAGUACCACCGCGAGAUCUCGCUCUAAAAUCUUCAACAAAUAUCAUAUUUUAUAUACUUAGUAUUAAAUCUUGACACUUUUUAAGUUUGAUUACGACAACAAAUAAAUAUCUUUUUAUUCAUGUGAAUAUUUCCAUCUCCGAUAACGAACGAUUAACGAUUGAUAAUGGGAGUAAGUGGCAGCUUACACAAUAACCCUUAUAAUUAUGAGCCGCCACCAUUACCACCACCAUUUUAUACGGGGGCUGGAUAUACACCUGGAACUUCGCGAGCGUCUGAAACUAUCGAUGAGUCUUCAAAUCUUCAAGGCCAAGAAGCACAAUUACGUAGAAGCAUAAGAAAUGAAGAGUGGUGGCAGCAGAGACCAUCGGCGCCAAAUAUCUCAAGUCUAUGCCAUCCACGUGAGACUUUGUUGACGUAUGCUGCACAAAUGACUGGUUGGCAAUCAGAUUAUACAGCAAGUGCACCAUCAGUUAAUCAAGAAGCUAUGGAAUUAACGCGUACAGUUUCACAUUUAGCGGCUGCUAAUCAGCAAUUGGCUUCAGCACACAGCGCACUUUUGACGCAGCUGGAAAAAUUGUACGCAGAGUUAAACAAAGCGAGGGAAGAAAAAGAAAAUCUCAAGACUGAAGUAUCGCAUGUCGACGGUUGCAGUCAGACGGAAUUAAAUAAUCAGCUUCUGAGUAGAAUUGAAGCCAUAGAAAAUUUUAUUAAAAAUUUUGGAGCUACGGGUGAUUUAAGGUGUUGCAAAAAUUUGCAUAGAGAAAAAGACGAAAAUGAUAAACGCGAAUGUCAGAAAGCUAUAGACAGGAUACAGUUGAUGGAAAACGUACUGGAGCCAGAAAAAUAUGAAAGUGAAGUUGAGAGACAGAAGAAAAGAUUUGAAAAUCUUAAGAGGGAUUAUGAUAUGUCGAGAAGUAAUUGUGAGAAAAUCGAGUCGCGUUUGAGUGAAAAAGAAAAAAAUCUUGAAGAAAUAAAACGUGAUUUCGAUUCAUUAAAAUUGGAGACAUCGAGACUGACUGAGCAGUUGGAUGCAUUCCAUAUGGAAAAAGACACUGCCACAAUGCGAAUUAAAGAUUUGGAAAGUGAUUUGAAGAAAGCGGAAUGUGUGAGAGAGGAGACUGUUGCAUUGAAGGACAAAGAGACUUGUAAAUUACGCGCUACGCUUCAAGAAGAAAUAAUUAGUAAGAAGAAACAAACUGAGGCAUUUGAAGAGGCUUUGCGAGAGAUUCAAAGACUGAAUGAUAUUGUUGAAGGUGUCAAAAAAACAGAACAUACUGAUACUGUUUUAGAUCCUGAAACAUCAAUAGAAUCAGACAUAAAUGAACGUCCUAGUUUAGAAGAAUUUAAAAAAGAUUUAAGUAUGAAACGCGAAGCUAGACAACGUGCAAUAGCAGCAGUUUCAUCAGAAAUGGACCGACUGAGACGUGAGUUGGAUGCUGAGAAGGAAGCACAUUCAGAGACAUCGCGAGUAUUGGAUUUAUUGAAAAGUCAAGCGGAAAAUGCGUCAAGAAAAAGUGAAACCUUUUCUGUUGGGACGACGACGAUGGAGGAUUCGACUGCUUCAACUUCAACUACAGGAAUUACAGGAAUCGAAGGCUGGAAAAAUAAUUUGCAGGGACCUAACUCUGUGCAUCUUGAUGCUGAAAGACUUGCUGAUGUACUGAAGGUUUCUGAUGAGCUAAGAGCGUGUAUAAGGCAGCAGAUUGAAAAAAUAGACGAUUUACGUUAUCAUUUAGAGUGUGAGCCGGAAAAUAAUGCCCGGCGCAUUGAAACUUUGAAGAUAAUUGCUAAUAAAAGUCGCGAGGCUUUUGGUAAACGCGAGGAAAAAAUUAAUGGAUUGAAAAAUAUGCUAUCACAGAUAAUAGCAGGUCUUAGUGAUGACAAACUUGAUAUUGACGUAACCGAUGACCUCAGGACUGAGCACGAUCGCCAGAUGGAAGAUAUAAAAAAAUUGAAGCGUCUGUACGACGAGCGGAUUAGAGUUAUUGCGGAGCUGAAGGAGUCCUGCUCAAAAGAGCUGGUUGAUCUCAAAGAUAAAUUCAAGAAUCUGACAAAAGAUAAGGAGUCUUUGGAAGAAGAUUUUAAUAAGGCGCAAGAAAAGAUUGAUACACAGGACACUGAAAUAUCGAACCUCGAGUCACAACUAGGAUUGACAAAAGCUGAUUGCCGUGAUUUACAAAACCAAAUGGGUGUUAUCAAUAGUCUAUUCUCACAAAUGCUACUAAGCGCAUCAUCUGCUGACAUGGAUCUUGAUCGCCUAACUCAAUUACUACAGGAAAAUCACGAAUUAAUCAGUGAAAUGGCACGUGAAGAAGGCAGUGAAGCCGCAGCCUUACCAAAACUGCUACUAGACCUCGUAGAACAAGUAGAAGGUCGUGAUAAAUCCAAAACAAGUGACAUUGAAACAGAGAAGAAAGACGAAGAUCAGGAAGAAAACAUCGCAAAUAAUUUGCCCAAAGUCUGGCGCGUGUUAUUGGAACUAUUAAGCUGUCACGCAGUCCAAGGCUCUACCUCGGGUUCAUCUGAACCAGUUUCCUUGUCCACUGACCCCAAUGUCUGCUACAAGUCCGUCGACACUCCGACGGGUCCGCGUCUCGUGAUAUCCGUCAGCAAAACUUACAUCCGUCUGAAAGAGCUGAUUCUCGAAAAGAAGAGUCUGGAAAAAGAAAUGGGACGGAUGAAACAGUUGAAUUUACAUUUAGAGAGCAAGUUGGGCGAGCAGGAGAAGCGGCUUACUAUGGUUUCGGAGGAAUUGAGCAAGACUUGGAACAUCGUUGGCUGCAUGCAGGCCCAACAUCAGCAGCUGCAUACUCACGAGAAGAUAUUGCGCUAUGAGUUGCAACAAAAACGAAUAAUGCUGCAGGAAUUGAAACAAGAGUUGGAGUAUUGUCGGGAAAAAUGGGAAUCUGCGCGUCAGAAAAAUUGUAAUACGGAAAUAGAAUGGAAAAAUUUAAGGAGAGAAUUUGCUGCGCGUAAAGCUCUUGCUGUUGAUGAUUCAUUCAACAAUAGUGCUGAAAGUGGAUUUAGUGAUGAACGUGGUGAUGAUACUGAUGAUGACGAUAUUCCGAAGGAUGAAAGACUUAGAAUUGGCUCCCGUCGAAGGACCAGAAAGGAGAGUCCAAGGACACCAACACCAGAUACUGAGUCUGAACAACCAACGGACACUGAAUUAUCAGAAACUAAAAGCGAGCCACCAUCACCAGACCGACAGAGAACCCCAACACCUGACACUAUUGAUUACCAUGAAGUUGCUACAGAAGAAGUUGUCAUCGAGGAACGGGUCGAGGAACUGGACCCACUUGACCAAGCGCUGGCCAACGUUAUCCAGAAUCUAAUUCAGAUAAACAGUGCCGAUGACAGUGAGCAUGAAGCGAGUGACUAUAAAACUGCAUGUAUGGAAAGUCCAGGUAACCAAGCGGACACGAAAGAUCAAGAAUCAUUGAUACUUACUCAGGACACUCAACAACCAGACAUACCACAUUGUGUUUUAGAUACUGAUCACACAGACAUUGAUGUGCAUGAAAUAACCUCUGAGGCACUGAAAAUAAUUAAUUCUGUUUCUGUAUUUUCAAUUGGUCCUUUCCCAGCUUCUUCAGUGUCUACAUUAUCUCUGGAUACCAGUAAUCAGUUUGAUAAAGGCAUUGAUUCAUCAUGUGGAAUCACCGUUUUUGGUACGCAAGAUAAAUUAGAUCAAGUUCCCAGUGAAGAAGUUGAUAAGUCAGUUGUUGAAGAUGAAAAAAGUAAUGAAUCAUCUUCAUCAGUACCUACAUCAGUAUCUACACCAGAAACAUCAACACUAGAUCCAUCAACUCCAGUAAUGUCUACACCAGAAACCUUAACUCCUGAAACAUCAACAUCAGAAACAACAACAGCCACAGCAUCAGAUUCAAAUCAAUCAAAACCAACACGAACACCAGAAGAAGUUUUAGCAUCACGUGCAGCUAGAUUAAAAAGAUUAGAAGAGCAAGCUGAUUGGUUAAUGAAAAAAAUGAGCGCCACUAGUCGCAGAGGUUCUGUUCUAAGUACCAGGCUCGAAGAACUUCAUGAAGCUUAUGGUGAACCACCAGCACCACCUCCAAUGCCUGAUGUUCUGCCUUCUGUUACACUACCCAGUUUUUUAAAUACUAAUCAGACAGCAGAGCCUACAAAUAAAACAACAGAAGACACAAACGAUCCAACAGAAUAAUUUCGUACAUAAUAAUUAUAAUUAAGUAUAAAAAAUUCUUGUGAAGAUUUUAAAAUGU